AUGCAUGUUCAUUGUGUUACAUUAUGUAAAGCAAAUGAGUGAUUUCCUCCUGAUCUUUUUGUGAUUUGCAUACAAAGAUCUGCUGAAACCUUUGUGCCAGCUUCUUUCCAUACAGCGAUGACUCUGAGAUAUUAAGUGGAUUCUCAGGCUGACAGCAGCUUUGGAGACUGUCAGACAGCGAUGGAGGUGACCAAGGACAGUUUAAGUGUUCGUUACAGGGAAGGCGAUGGGACGGUGUUGUUCGAGAGCUACGUACCCCCCUCUCGGGAUGCUGUCCACCUGCCUACCUACAUCAUCUACCUGAUCAUCGCAGUCUUUGUCGUGCUUGGUGUUCUUUAUGCCAUCAUCGGUCACCUCAUCACAGACCUCCUCCAUGACUUUGCAGACUGGGUGUUUGGGGAGCAGCCGGAGGAAGUGGUUGUGAACUACUGUGAGGCCAAGGAUAAGUUCAUGGCAGACUGGUACCCAGAAACCUCCCCUGAACUGGAGGCGUUGGCCCGGGCCGAGGAGAACGAGAUGAUUGACAGGGACUUGACGAAAGCCCCAGCCAUCUGGAUCAUCUCUGCAGACGCUCAGCUGAGCAAGUCGGGACCCCGUGUGGUCUUUGAGAGGACUUAGGAAUUAGAUUAGAGACUCUUUAACUGAUGUAGAACUGAUGUAUCUGGUGUGAUUGUACUGGGACAACUGAGAAGUGAAGUGAAUGGCUGUAAUGAAGCAUUGCUGUGGAAGGCUGGAGAUGUGUUAUGAUGUUGUAGAUACUGGAGGGUAUCUCUGGUGCUGAAUGCUUGAGUGCACAGUGGUCUUAUGAGGACAUCUAGUGUCUAUUGGGACCACUGCAGCUAAAUUGCAGCACUACACAGAAACCACAUUGCACAGAAAUAUCAGUACAAGUUUGUUGGUCAGAGAUAAAAAACAAAGCAACAAGAAAAUAUAAUGCCUUAAGUCAUCUCUGCUAAAGAUUGCUUCAAAAGCUUAAGAUUGUAUUACUUUUUUCUGUAAAUUACUGAUGAGAGACAAUGUAGAUAUGUAUGUCUCCUCUGUUGUGCGUCUAUGAGAGGUGUCAAUCACUGAGGUUGCAGAUCAUUUUAAUAAACACAAGUGGAAACAAAUGUCCUCAGGCCAUUGAAUAUUUCACUUUAAUGGAUAUCU